UCGCUGAACGCAGAAGCGAUCGACUCAUCGAAUCGUGCGCACGUAUUCGUAGCGCCUCACGGAGUUAGUGUGUUGUGUUGUGACAACAGUUAAUUGUGUUUGUGAAACUGUUCCUUGUUGUGUUGGAAACAUGUUUCCGAGAAUUCAAGGAUUGUUCUUUACGAUUGCGGAUAAAAGAUCUCAACCAAAUAGAUGCGACGACAACAACGUCACUUUGAUGUCAGAUAUGAAGAUAGAAGAUGACUCCUCAGACGUGUCUAGCUCAGAAAAUGUUGAUAUCGAAGCCAACGAGCUGAUGGCGGUAGAUGCUCCCUCGUCAGAACCCACAGAAGAUCACGCGAGCGAGUGCACCUGCCACAACUGUAUUGAGGUGCUUUCCAGAUUCGCAGAAUGCAGUAUAUGCCUGGAACCUUUGCAGUGUGCCGGCCCCUGCGCCUGCCCAUCUUGCGGCGGUUUUUGGUGCACAAGGUGUUCCCGAAGGAUGAUCAAGUGCGCCUGGUGUAGGGGGUCCCUUCGAUCGCCCACUGCACCGUGCGUCACUCUGCAGAGGCUUGUAAAUGAUCUGAUGCUGCCUUGUCGAAAUUCUAAACGAGGCUGCACAGAACUGCUCACAGCUUCAAGCAGACCGAAACACGAAAUAGUCUGCAAAUUUGACACCAUGGUGUGUCCUAUCAUUGCCAACUGCGGCUCCCUACCCUUCGAGGAACUAUCAGCCCACAUCCAAUCAACGCACAACAUCAUAGCCGUUUACUCACAGAAGAUCAAAAUCCUGAUAGAAAAUUUCCCGUCUAAGUUGAAAAAAACAGCUUACUGCAAAACGAAGUACAAGAUCGUGUUGCUCCAUGAGAAAAGCGCUUUCAUAAUAAAAAUCUGCAUUCACAACUACAACGUUAAAGUCGAAAUUAUGAGAAAAAAGUUAGGUCCAAUAGUUGAUGCUAAAGCUGACAACAAAAAGAGCGAAUACUGCGCGCUAGUAGAAUUCCAAGGCAAAGCAUUCAAUAACAAAUCAGUUUUAGUUAUAGAAAAUGAAAGUUAUGCCAAAAAAGCUGAGAUGCAAUGGAAUGAGGAAGAAACGAAAUCUGAAAAUGAUGAAUCAAUAACAAUACACGUUAAUAUUGGAAAGUAUGGUUAUAAGUAAUUGGUGACAUUAAAAAUGGAAAUGUGAUCUUUGCAAAGGCUGAAAUUCCAAAGAAAUUUGUGAGUAAUCAGCGAAGAAUAUUCUCAAAAAAUGUCCCGUAUAUGCUUUCAUAUUAUGUAUACAAUGCUAUCUUCGCAGUAUUACCCAAAAAUUUUUAGACCUAAUGAGGUUUUACUUUGGAACACAUGUUAAGAAUCAGUGAGUGCUCAUUCAUUCGUUCAAUUUUUAUACCACUUGUUAUUAAUUUCUUUGAUUUUAGUCAACAUUUUAUUUGUCUCUUCCUUAUUUAUUUUUUCUUAUUUGGAUACUUUGGUGCUAAGCUAAGCUGUAAAAGAAUUCAAAAUAUUUUUAAAUGUGACUUUAUUAUAUGUAUUAGUAAAUUGAGAAGCAAAAAGAUGUUUCUGAAUCCUAAGUUAACGAAAUAGUGUCAAUAAUUGAGUUUGAGCCAAACGUGACUGAUGUAGCCUUAAGUUUAGCAUAAGUUUAUUUUAAGGAUACACUUUUAACUCAA